AGACAGACAGAAGUGUUCCCUGACCCUAAAUCUCUUUAAUGAUUCACUGGCACAGUGGAACCACCCAUUCAUGACGUGAUCCCAACCAGUCACUGAAAUCUGUAGCCUAAUGCAGGACAACAGUGCUGUGCUCUGAGCUGGGACACUUGACUCGAUCUGCGGGGCUUCAGUCAGUCGACAAGACAUCGCUCCUGCUGCACGCACCUGCAACAGGUGGCCUAAGCUGCGUUUUAACAUUCACAAAAGGUCUAUGAAACACUGAUGUAGGUUCCCCGGUGAGCACGGAAUGGACCAAGACCAUGGCAAAUUCUAAUCCACUUAGAUCACCAUCCUCCACCCUCAGUGAGGUCAACCUGGGACCUUCAGCAAACCCACAUGCCAAGCCCACUGACUUUGACUUUUUGGCUGUUAUUGGAAAAGGGACCUUUGGGAAGGUCCUGCUCGCCAAGCUCAAAGCUGACAAUAAAUUCUAUGCUGUGAAAGUUCUACAGAAGAAAGUAAUCCUGAAGAAAAAGGAGCAAAAGAACAUCAUGGCAGAGAGGAACGUGCUGCUGAAGAGCCUGAAGCAUCCUUUCCUGGUGGGCCUCCACUACUCCUUCCAGACCCCAGAGAAGCUCUACUUUGUCCUCGACUAUGUCAACGGGGGAGAGCUCUUCUUCCACCUGCAGAGGGAGCGGUGCUUCUUGGAGCCGAGGGCUCGGUUCUAUGCUGCUGAGGUAGCCAGUGCCAUCGGCUACCUUCACUCCCUCAACAUCGUUUACAGAGAUCUGAAGCCAGAGAAUAUUCUUUUAGACUCUCAGGGCCAUGUGGUACUUACAGACUUUGGGCUGUGUAAAGAGGGAGUGGAGCCAGAGACCACCACGUCCACUUUCUGUGGAACCCCUGAGUAUUUGGCCCCUGAGGUUCUGCGUAAGGAGCCCUAUGACCGCACAGUGGACUGGUGGUGUCUGGGAGCUGUGCUCUAUGAGAUGAUCUAUAGUCUUCCCCCGUUCUACAGCCGGGACGUGUCUGAGAUGUACGAUGGCAUCCUACACAAGCCUCUGCCGCUGCCCCCAGGGAAGUCAGGCGCUCUCUGUAGUCUGCUCCAGGGCCUCCUGCAGAAAGACCAACACCGCAGGUUGGGAGCCAUUGCUGACUUUCUACAAAUAAAGAACCAUGUGUUCUUCUCCCCGAUUAACUGGGAUGAUCUGUACCACAAGAGAAUCACUCCUCCAUACAACCCCAAUGUGAAAGGGCCAGCGGACACACAGCACAUAGACCCAGAGUUCACCAGAGAGAUGGUGCCUAACUCAGUGGGCUGCACCCCUGAGCUCAACGCCGGCACCAGCAGCUCUAACGCAUUCAAUGGCUUCUCCUACGUUUCUGGUGAAGACAGCUUCCUUUGAGACAGGAAGGUUCCUCACAGCACCACCACUGUCGAGGUCGAAGUUACCCGUAACCACAUAUCUACAAUUCGAUUCCUUAACUGCAAAUCCUAACCUUAAAGUCAGGAGGAUAAAACAUAUAUUUUACCCUGGAUUCAACUUCAUUGGCCACGGUCAUAGAAAUGGAGCACAUUGAAUAUCAUGCAUUUUUGCGUAGGUGAAGCAAGAAAGAGAUGUAAGAAAACAUUUAAAUGCACCACCCAACUGUUGCUUUUUCUGUAGGUGACUGCCCUAUGAAUUAUAUUUAUAUGCCCUCGUCUCUGCUUGAAUUCUCAUUUCAGGACAAAGUCUUUUGGCACAUCCAAUCAUGCUGGACUUUUUAUUUGCUAGCAGACAGAUGUUGAUUUAAUUAUCCUUUCACUACAACGUAAAGUCAACCGCGUGACUACAUAAAGGACAUGUAGAUACAGUACACACUCCUAGAUGCUAUGUGUAGAAGGUAAAGCUAGGUUCUAUGUGAAGUUGUGGUGUAUGGAUAAAGAUGGUCUGAUUAUCACUAGAACAGGCUGAAACAAAUGUGUGUGAAACUCUAGUUGAACCCAUUCCUCUGCUCUUUAAGUGCUGCUUUUAAUACAAGCACUGUGGACUUUCCAAACAUUUCUUAUUCUUAAACUCGUUUGUUGAAAAUAUACAUUUUUGCACAUUGAUUUGUGAACAUGCUGUUUCUAUUAUAUCGCUGACUUUUAGUAGAUUAGAGUACAUAAAGGCUUGACUCAAAUGUUGCGUCCAGGAAUGCUUAACAGCAACAUAAACCUAUGCCAGAUUAUUCUCACAGCUGUAAAGGUGCAUGCCAUGGUGCUAUUAACCUUGUUAAACAAAACAUGUGAUUGUGUCAGCACAAUGGGUGACAUUAAAGACUGUUGACAUGCCAACACCAUCUUAAAGAUGACUGACAUUCAAUGAAGCCCAGUUACAAGUAUGUGUACAUAACUUCACAAUAAAUCACUUCCCUACCCA